AUGGCUAACGAAGCUCGUUCAGUGGAUAUCACCGGCCUGGGUCAGCAGUGGGAGGCAGAUCCCCAGAUCAGGCAACGGCUUCGUGAUGGCGGCUCCCUUCUGCACCCCUCCACUAAGGAUAAAGUGCUGAUCCGAACCGCUUCUUUGAAUGGACCUGUGCUGCAACCUGUGUGUGAGUUGAUGGCCAAGAUGCGGGAUGCCGUAGAUGAUGGUAAGAUCCCACCUUCGCCGGCGGUCGAGGCUUUGCGAGAAGAGGUGCAGGCAGUUAUGGGUAUGGCAAAGCAGGAAGUGACUUUCGAGCAAAUUGACAAAGCAGCUUGGUCAAUUCGGAAGUUUGUAGCUUUCCUGAAGCUCAAGAUCCGGAAGAAUCAAGUCUCAACGGUAAUGAUCAAGCUCAAGAGAGCCUUUCAGGAUCCAGUGUUUCAGCAGCUCCUUCUCAUCCUGGACCCCAAUUUGCAAGAACUGGUGGACUACGUGAACUCAACGAGAAGAUCCUCGGCUUCUUUGGAGCCCGAUGCGGGUGAUGGCGAUGAGGAUGAGGAUGAGGUUGAUGAAGCCCCAAACGAAGUGAUCUUGAUUCCGGAUGACGUGGUGAAGACUGAGCCAAUGGACGAGGAGCCCGUUAGGAGUGCUUCAAAUGCUUCAUCCGGGGCUCUUGUGCCUACACCUGUGCCGGCGCCUGUGAUCACACCUGUGACUCCACCUGUGGUUCCACCUGUGGUUCCACCUGUGGUUGCACCUGCGGUUGCACCUGUGGUUGCACCUGUGGCAAGACCUGAUCGUGUGUUUGAGCCUGCACCUGUGUGCGAUGUGCCUGCAUCCGUGGGUGCAUCUCUUCCCACGGCUCGCAUGCUUGUUUUCGACCCUGUGACCCCGCCGACAACGCCGAAGCAGCAUGUGUGGGAAAGUGGCAGUGGCAGUAGCUCGGGCUCUGCUUCGCUGAAUCGUCGGCUGUUGGAGGCCAAGGAAAGGUUGCGAGAAAGGAAAACCAACGGAGCAGAUGGUGCUGCCCCGACCCCUGCAUCGAACAGCACAGAUCCUUCAGGCACUCCCGGGGAAAGCCGUCCAAGUUUCGAUACUCCAUCGGAGGAAAGGGCAAGCUUUGCCACGGACGAGACCCAGCCGGUCGACAUCGCGACAGUCCCUGUUCCACCCGAGGCAGUGGUUGCGGACACCAGGGACGUGUCUGGGGAAGAACAGCGACGAGCUUAUCAGGGUGCACCGGGAACGCCGACGCAAGCUAUGAUCGGAAACACGACAGGUGAUCAUGACACUCCGAGCUCCCAGGUGUUGGGUGACAGUCCUCCGGUAACGCGAGCCGAUCAGUUGGCUUUGAAAAGCUUGAAGAAGAAGAAGGGCAAACGAUCUAAGAAUGGCAAGACCGCCAAAAAGAAGAAGGCUGCUAAGAGUGGCAACAAGAAGGCUGCGCCUUCUUCGCCAAGCCGGCGACGAAGGAGUCUGCUUCGAAAGAAAUCCAGGUCCUCGCAUGCUCUCUCCGAGAAGGAAGCUUCAGCAGAUGAUGCCAAGGCGGGUAAUGCAGCCUUGGAAGCCGAUCCAGCACUUGAAGAGAAGCCAAAGCCAAGACGGGGUCGCAAACCCAAGCAUGUGGAUGAACCCGAGCAUGUGGAUGACACUGCGAACCCUGAGAGCGAAGUGAAGGCAACCAACAAAGACAAGCCCAAAGCAGCGCCGAAAACAGCAGCAACAAAAGCAACAGCCAAGGCAAAAGGAAAGGCCAAAGCAAAGGCAGCAGCAAAGACAACCCCAAAGGCAAAAGCAAAGCCAGGAGCAAAGGCAGCAGCAAAAGCAACAGCAAAGGCAACAGCAAAGGCAACAGCAAAGGCAGCAGCAAAGGCAACAGCAAAGGCAACAGCAAAGAGGAAAGCAAAGCCCAUGGCUUCGGACAAGAAGCGGGAGCGGUCCACGGGGUCGCUUGAUGUUCAGAUGCCAGAUAACAUCAACGACUGGGCGGACUUGAACGCUAAGGUGCUGUUGACUGCCUUCGCCAGGGAGUGGUUUGAUCACAGGCAUGAUCAGAUGGCUGACUUCAAGCUGCUUAUGCGUGAGGCUUUGCCGGCUGUGCAAGACCAUGAGGUUGCUAGCUUGAACAUCUACUGGACAAGAUAUUCCUGUGGAGUCACGAUCAAGUCUUUGAAGAAGGAUCUUGGGUCCUAUCACCUGCCCCACAAGACCGUUCCGGCAUACCUUCGGUUGGCUGUUCAGUUUCUGGACAUGAUGAUGUCCGAGAAAUGCCCCCACACUGGGAAGACCUACCGGGAGCUGGGGGUCGACGCGCUCGUGGCCCUCCCAUUGGUCACCGAGGUCUAUGAGAGCUUGAAGGAGGACGGAGCGGAGGUUAUCCAGGAGAUUGCUUCUUGGGGUGAGGCUGCCAUGUAA